AUGCAAAUUUGUUGUAUGCAGGAUCCGCGCGACGAUAAUGGACACUUCGCGUACAUCAAAAACUUAUCCCGUCUUGUGAGCUCGCAACUAAGUAAAAAAGAACACAAGAAAUACUUUUGUGAUCGACGGAUGAACGAUUGCGCCAUCCGAUUGCCGAAUGAGGACGAUAAGUGGCUCGACUUCAAGAACUACUGCAACAAAGAACGACUUCCAUUCAUCGUCUACGCAGAUCUUGAGUGCAUACUGCGAAGGAUGGAGCCGCAAAGAGAAAACACGUCGUACACAUAUCAACAGCAGCACAAGGUAUUUAGCAUAGGAUAUUAUGUGCGAUGCUCGUACGACAAUGCGUUAUCGGCGUAUCAAUUUCGUCGCGGCGAAGACUGCGUUGCAUGGUUCGUUCGGCAACUCGAAAAUUUGACUGAUGUCUUGUUAUGUGUGUUGUUAUUGGCCGACGUUUUUGAAAAUUUCCGUGAAAGUGAUAUCAAAAGUUACAGUCUUGAUCCCGCUCAUUACUACACAUUGCCAGGUUUCACGUGA